AUGUCCACCUCCGUUUGGGAUCCCGAUUCUAUUCUCCAGAUCAGCGACGCCUCAGGCCGAGGCAUGUUCUGCGUUGGUCUGGCGCGCUCCCGCUACGACAGUCGGUGUCGGUGGAAUAUCCCGCAGGAUAGGUACACUGCCGUUCUGUCCGUGUUAGAUGAUAUAUCCAUGAAAUUGCCACAUAAUGUGACCAACAGCGAACUCCGGCGCCUUGCUCGAUUGGGAUUGUGCGAGUAUCAUGGUCACCAGGAGGGUGAGAUUGUGGCUAAAUGGGAGAAUGUCCUUAGAUGUGUCGAUGGUAUCUACCGGGCGUACGAAAGGCGAGAGGAGGAGACGACUCGAAAGUUGGUGCUAUUGGGGAAAGAGAUAAUUGAGUGUAGAAGCUUGCUUGGAGUCAAGGAAGAUUGUGAUGAGGCUUGUUCUGUGGUGCUUCGCCGGUAUAUCAACAACAAUGCACAAUUGAAGGAGGAAUUGGUGGCGAUUCAAGCGACUUGUGCACGGCUCCAGAAAGACCAAGAAGAGGAAAGCUGUCGACUCUCUGCCGAGAACUCUCGUCUAUCGACUUUACUCAAGAGAGCCGAGGAAGAACAGCAACGGUGCCAGAACCAAGAAUCAAAUGUAACCGCGGAAUGCGAGAAGCUGCGCAAGCAGAAUGCAGCAUUGCAGGCAGAUGUCGACUCUGGGAAGGACAAGUGUAAAGAUUUGCAAGACAGGGAAAAAUCAGCAACUAUGGAGCUGAUCGCCACGACUGCUCAACUGCAUGGAGUUCAGUCUGUCAACCUGGGCUUGGAGAACGAUAAGAAGGCCUUGCAGUCAGAGAUCGACAUCCCGAAACAGGAGGUUAAGAGAUUGAGUGAUAGCAAUACCUCCAUCUCCUCCCAGCUUGCAAGAACUACAGCUUCUCUGGAGACAGUGACAACGGAGCUGUCGGCUGCCCAUCAAGCGAACAUGGAGUUGCGCGAGGAGUUGACGGCUGCAACUGGAGAGAUUCGCCAGCUCUCAGGCACGACAGAUACCAUACAGGUGGUGGAAAGGGAGUUAUCUGCUGCUCAUAAAGAGAACAUGCAAUUGCGUGUUGAGCUCACAACUUCAACUAGACAGAUUAUCGAGUUACGCAGUAAGAUUAGCGAGCUAUCGACUCCAGUCUGGCACAGAUUGAUACAAUGGAUUCAGCAAAAACUCUCGGGUCUCAAGCAUUUGCUGAAGCCGGACAAGGAAGUCUCAGACGAAGAGGAGGGAGUGGCGCUGGCCCAAGGCGUCGCAGUCAGGGACGCAGGACUGGCUUGA